AUGGCUCUCCUGCUGGCUCUCUCCGAUUUCAUCAAUCUGUCUGAUCCGACCGUCAUCGGCGGCCUCAUCGUCGGCGCUAUCACCAUCUUUGCCGUCGGUCGGUUCUUGUUCGCCUCCGACAGCGCCCAGCCGGCCAAGAAGGCUGACAAUGUAGUCGGCAAGGGUAAAGAGGUGUCCAAGGAUGUGCCCGCUGCCCGGCCCGCUCCUGUCCGCACCGGCGUCCUCGACCCCUCCAAAUUCCAGAAGUUUGCGCUCAAGGAGAGGAUCGAGCUCAACCACAACACUCGCCUGUACCGAUUCGCCCUGCCCAACGAGACCGACGUUCUCGGCCUGCCCAUCGGCCAGCACAUGUCGUUCAGGGCUGUAAUUGAUGGCAAGGAGGUCUACCGCCCCUACACGCCCACUUCCUCUGACGACGACCUCGGUCACUUCGAUCUUGUCUACCCUCAGGGCAAGAUGUCGCAGUACAUUGACAACAUGAAGGUCGGCGAGCUGAUCGACGUGAAGGGUCCCAAGGGUCUGUUCACCUACACGCCCAACAUGAAGCGCGCCUUCGGCAUGCUUGCUGGUGGCACCGGCAUCACACCGAUGCUGCAGGUCAUCCAGGCCAUCCUCAAGAACCCCGCUGACCGCACCCAGGUCUCUCUCAUCUUCGCCAAUGUCGCCGAGGACGACAUCCUCGUGCGUUCCACCCUCGAGGACCUCGCGGCCAAGAACCCCGACCGCUUCAAGCUCCACUACACUCUUGACAAGGGCUUCAUCACGGCCGACAUGGUGGCCGAGCACUGCCCGGCCCCUGCGGACGAUGUCAUGAUCCUCAUGUGCGGCCCGACCCCCAUGGUCAACGCGCAGAUCGGCAAUCUGCAGAAGCUCGGCUACAGCGAGAACCAGUACUUCAAGUUCUAA